CAGAGUAUAAUAGAGAAAGAUGGUAAAGGACGAAAGGAGGAAGUGGUUACUAGGGAGUACAUUAUCAAUCUCCACAGGCGUCUCCAUAGCUGCACUUUCAAGAAGAAGGCACCCAAUGCCAUAAAAGAGAUCAGGAAGUUCUCAGAGAAAGCCAUGGGAACAAAAGAUGUAAGAGUUGAUGUGAAACUCAACAAGCAGAUAUGGAGCAAAGGAAUCAGAGGUCCCCCGAGGAGAAUCAGAGUGCGUGUUGCCCGCAAGAGGAACGAUGAUGAAGAUGCAAAGGAAGAGUUUUUCUCACUCGUCACUGUGGCUGAGAUCCCAGCUGAAGGUUUGUCUGGUUUGGGAACCAAAGUCAUCGAGGAAGACGAGUAAAAAACUUAUCUUACUAGUUACUACAAUAUAGCUUCUUUGUUUCAUCAUCCCGUUACAAUUUAUAUGAAAAGACAAAGACAACACUUCAUCAUUCAAACUAUAUAGUCACUUUCUUUGGCUUACCUGUUUAUUGAUUUAUAUGAUUUAUUCUAUGAACAUUGAACUU